CUCUCUCUCUCCCUCUCUCUCUCUGUUUUCUAUUUUCUCCUGUUCUAUCAAGUUUAGAAGAGCAGGGAUGUUGUAGAUGUAAAUAAACAGAAAGAAAGAGGGUACAAAAGGAAAAAAAAGGACACACAUAUAUAGGUUAUAUAGGUUUGGAGUAUUUGAUGAGGUGGGGGGAGAUGGAGAUUCUAUCCCCUACAAACUACCUCACCAACACCACCGGCUGGCCGCCGGCCGGAGCGGAUGAAGUCCGGUGGACUCCGGCGGAGAACAAAGCCUUCGAGAACGCCCUCGCCCUCUUCGACGACAACACUCCCGACAGGUGGCACAAGGUGGCUGCCAUGGUCCCCACAAAAACCGUGCUCGACGUCAUCCGCCACUACAAGGAGCUCGAGGAUGACGUCACCAGCAUCGAGGCCGGCCUCGUCCCUGUCCCCGGAUACUCCUGCCACGUGUCAUCCCCUCAGUACUUCACGCUCGAGUACUUGGGUGGGCCCCACCACCACCACCCCCCCUACCCCUUCCCCUUCAAUCAAUCUUCGAGGAAAUCUCCCGCCGUUCGCCUGCCCACAGCCGAACACGAACGGAAAAAAGGCAUCCCGUGGACCGAGGAGGAGCACAAGCUGUUUUUGAUGGGGCUGAAGAAGUAUGGGAAAGGGGAUUGGAGGAACAUAUCGCGAAAUUUCGUGAUGACGAGGACACCGACACAGGUGGCGAGCCACGCGCAGAAGUACUUCAUCCGCCAGCUCUCGGGUGGUAAGGACAAGAGACGAGCGAGUAUUCACGAUAUUACCACUGUCAGCCUCAACGAGAAUCAUCAGACGAGCAGCGAUGAGAAGAAGCAGUUGAUGAUGAUGACUUCUGCCGGAUUUCAGACGAGCAACGAGACGGGAAGAAAUGUAUUUACGACUUAUGGUGUUGAUUCGUACGUGUUGGGAUCUCAGGACAGUAUGUUUCAGGGAUUUCACUAUCCCGAUGAGUGA